AUGGAGAAGAAGAUUACAGAGAAGAUCGCGGCUCUGCCGCCUGAUGCCAACUAUUUUUCUUUGGAGUUCUUCCCUCCGAAGACCCGGAUGGGCUUCGCCAACCUGUCCGCACGUCUGGAGCGCAUGGCCCAGGCUCUUCGUCCACUGUUCGUGACUGUCACCUGGGGCGCUGGCGGUAGCACUGCCGCGCGAUCACUCGAGCUGGCUGAAGUAUGCCAGCGCCAACUGCAGUUGACCACAGUCCUUCACUUGACAUGUACGAACAUGAGUCGCAAGCUGGUUGAUAUGGCGCUGGAUGAGGCUAAGGCUCUGGGCAUUCGUAACAUCCUUGCGCUUCGUGGAGACCCUCCCCGCAGCGAGGAAUACAACAUGCAUGGAGAGGAUGAUAGCAACAAGGACUUCACUUUUGCUGUUGAUCUGGUUCGCUAUAUUCGCGCUCAACAUGGAGACUACUUCUGUGUUGGUGUUGCUGCAUACCCAGAGGGUCAUCCCGCCGACUCGUUCCAGGAUACUCAGGACCCAGCUAGAGAUAUUCCCUACUUGGUUGAGAAGACAAAGGCUGGAGCGGAUUUCAUCAUGACACAGCUUACCUACGAUAUCGAUGCUUAUCAGAAGUUUGAAGACAUGCUCCGCAACCAUGAAUCGGGCGUUUUCAAGACCAUUCCCAUUAUUCCUGGCUUGAUGCCCAUUCACAGUUACAAGAUUCUCACGCGAGUGACGAAACUCAGCCAUGUCACUAUUCCCCCUCCCAUCGUUAAGCGCAUGGAAGAACUGAAGCACGAUGACGAUGCCGUCAAGCGCGCCGGUGUGGAUAUUGUCAGUGAGAUCGUUGAUGGUAUCAAGGAUCUCCGUAACCCCGGCCCGCGAGGUUUCCAUUUCUACACCCUUAACCUGGAGAAGACAGUCUCGUUCAUCUUGGAGCAGUGCAAGCUGAUUCCGGAUCAAGAUACCCAGGACUCUGCUAUCGAGGAUGGCGCAGACACUCCGCUCGAUUUCCCUGGUCGUGUUUUGGGAAGACGUCGUGCUUCAUCUAUCAACUCGCAACCCCAUAACCGUGUCAUCGUAGACAGGCUAUCUGGACAAGAGUCAUCAGAGAACUCCGUGCACGAAGCCCGUUCAGACCGCGCCGGUAUGCCGGCAAUGCCGCCCAACCGCAGCACUACCCUCCUCAUCUCCGAAGGUCUCGGUGCGCUUGGCAGAGAAGCUACAUGGGAUGACUUCCCCAACGGACGAUGGGGUGACGCUCGCUCGCCUGCUUUCGGUGAAAUCGACGGCUACGGUCCCUCCCUCCACGUCACUUCCAACACUGCCCGUCGGCUAUGGGGUCACCCUAUCGACGCAUCCGACAUGAGCACGCUUUUCCGUCGCCAUGUCUCUGGAGAGCUACACAUGGUUCCCUGGUCAGAGGGUGGGGCCGAAGAAGAUGGCGGCGGUCUGAACGCAGAGACAGAGUUGAUCCGACCGGAACUGCUGAAGCUCAUUGAUGGCCGUGGUUGGUGGACUCUGGCGUCGCAGCCCGCAGUCAACGGUGCACGCAGUGAUCAUCACAUUUUCGGCUGGGGACCCCAGCGCGAAGGCUUCGUUUUCCAAAAGCCAUUUGUUGAAUUCUUCUGCUCAAACAGAGACUACACCACUAUCCUGAAACCGAUGUUUGAAAAGCACGGCCACGACAAGAUGACCUGGUUCGCUACAAACAUCAAGGGCGAGUUUGAAUCUUCGUUCCCCACCCUGCCUGCCGAUGUCGAGCUCGAUGACCUCAGCGAUAACCCCGAAAGUGUCAACGCCGUCACCUGGGGUGUCUUCCGCGGCAAGGAAAUCGUGACCCCAACCAUCAUCGAGGAAGUCAGCUUCCGCUCGUGGGGCGAAGAAGCGUUCCGAAUUUGGGACGAAUGGCGCCGUAUCUACCCACGCGGCUCGCCAACUGAAACUUACCUUGAUACGACUAAAAAUGACUCCUGGCUUGUCUGUGUUGUUGGCCAGCAGUUCGGCGCUGGUACCAAGAAGGGAUCUAAGGAAGAGGAAGAUGAGGUCAAGUGGAUGUGGCGCGUGUUGGCUGGCGAGGAGGUAUAG